AUCAGAUAACGUUUUAUACUUUGAUAUCUCAUGUGGGUCACGCAUCCCCACGUCAAUAUAUGCCCUUCAAAUAAUUCACCUCCAAUUAUUGCAACUACAAGAUCCUCCACAUUUCUACAGAACCUUUCAAAUUUUACCAUUCCACAAUUUUUCCUUCUCGCUAUGUGGAGCAGCCUCCCCUCCGAUCUGCUCACCAACAUCUUCUCCUUCCUCUCUGCUGACUCUUUUGCAUGCGCCAAGUCAACAUGCAGACAUUGGCAAGCCUGUGCCUGCACCACAGCUACUUAUAGCCACUACCCUCAUGGCCUCACGAAGAGCCCAUUUUUGCCGCACAAUUUUCACCCUCCUUGGUUCAUAGCCUUGCCACUGCACAACCAUGGCCUCUGCUGCUAUGCCCUCAAUCCCACCAACAACAAUUGGUAUGUGCUGCCGUUGGAUUUCUUGCCGGACCCAGUUAGGCCUGUGGGCCCACUUGAGAGCCUCCUCUUGCUGAGGCCCUCUAACUCCACAUUUCUCCGGCUGGGUAUGUGCAACCCGUUUACUAGGCAGUACAAGGCCUUCCCAACGUUAAACAUCAGAAGGACCAACCCGGCUAUUGGCGUUGUACACCUUUCAACACUUUCAUUCCCAAGAAAUUCAUUUCUCAAUUCUGGAGUGUACGUGGCAGGCGGGAUGUCCGAGGCAUCCAGCGGGGGCGCCACAUACGAGCCCACAUUGGAAAUGUACGAUCCGCAGCUCGACACGUGGCGAAUUGUGGGGUCCAUGCCAAUGGAAUUUGCGGUGAGGCUAACAGUUUGGACCCCGAAGGAGAGUGUGUAUUGUGAUGGAGUUUUGUAUUGGAUGACAUCGGCCCGGGCCUACAGCUUGAUGGGAUAUGAGAUUGAGUCGAACAUGUGGAGGGAGCUGGGUGUGCCAAUGGCAGAGGAGCUGGAAUUCGCCGUGCUGGUUUCGCGCAAUGGGAGCUUGACACUUGUCGGCGGAGGAGCAUGUGUUUUGGGAGUCUGUAUAUGGGAGCUUGGGGAGGGAGACGUUUGGGUUUUGGUUGAGAAGGUGCCAAGUGAAUUGGAGAUGAGAUUUUUAGGGGAAAGGGGAAGUUGGGGAAGUACAAAGUGUGUAGGGAGUGAUGGGGCUAUUUAUUUGUAUAGAGAUCUUUGGUCAGGAAUGGUAGUUUGGAGGGAAGUUGGAGAUGGAAAUAAAUGGGCAUGGUUUUGGGUUGAUGGGUGUUUUUCAAUUAGGGGGAAAAAAGUGAGAAAUUUGCAAAUUAAAGGAGUUCUUAUACACCCUAAUCUUGUACCCUCAUUCAUAUUUUAAUCAAAUAAGACAUGUUGU